UAUAUUGAAGGUGCAUUCAGUUAGUGCUUCUUAGUCCAACAACAUUCCCGCCAACCACCGCCGGAAAAUUCAAUCAUGAACUUCCGUCUCUGUCUAGCCACCGCCGCCCGCCACCGCAGACACUUCCCCGACGAACCAAUCUAUUCAAUCCCCUUUCCGCCGCUUCAGAAGCGGAACCCUCAACAUCCACCAACUCAGCCGCCCCCUCUAAACCCUAACGCCGACGACCCAACCUCCGCCUGCAUUUCCGAAAUCCUCCAAAGUCCGGCCCUACAGCCCGGUCCCGACCUCGAAGCGGCCCUCGACGCGGCCGAAAUCAACCCAACUCCAGCUCAUUUACUCGGAAUCUUCAAAAAAUUUGAUUCCAGCCCGAAACCCCUUUUCACACUCUUCAAUUGGGCCCGAAAGCAGCCCGAUUACAGAUUCUCCAUGGACGUUUUCAAUUCCAUGGUCGAUUCUCUCGGUAAAGCCCGAGAAUUUGACUCAGCUUGGUGCGUUAUACUUGAUCAAAUUAAAGGAGAUCCCAACGAAAGACCUAAUUUCGAUACUUAUGUUAUCAUGAUUAGGAGAUAUGCACGCGCAGGACUUCCAUUUGCAGCCAUUCGAACGUAUGAAUAUAUAUGCAGUUUGGAUUCGUUCCACGAUUCAAAUGCAGGAAAGAAUCUGUUGGAGACUCUGUUGGACUCUUUGUGUAAAGAAAAGCAUGUUAGGAUAGCCUCAAAGUAUUUGGAUACGAUCACAGAGAAGGACCCGAGCUGGUUGCCAUCUGUUAGGAUCUAUAACAUACUGCUGAACGGGUGGCUCCGCAUAGGAAAGCUCAAACAUGCUGAGCGGAUCCGUGUGCAGAUGAAGAAGGCUGGUGUGAAAGCAAAUGUGGUCACAUAUGGGACCCUUGUUGAAGGGUUAUGUCAAAUGAAUCGUCCUGACAUUGCAAUUGAGCUAGUUGAUGAGAUGAGGGCAGAGGGAGUCGAGCCCAACGCAAUAGUGUAUAACUCCAUAAUUGAUGCACUGGGAGAAGCUGGAAGGUUGAAGGAGGCGAUGGGGAUGCUGGAGAGGUUCUCGAUUUUAGAAAUGGGGCCCACUCUUUCCACGUAUAACUCGUUGGUGAAGGGCUUCUGCAAGGCCAGGGAUCUGGUAGAGGCUAGCAAGAUUGUUAAGAUGAUGAUGAGUGUUAAGUGUUUGCCCUCUACUACGACGUAUGGCUAUUUCCUCAAGUACUUGUCGAAGGUAGGAAAGACUGAGGUGGCCUUGGAUCUCUAUAAUCAAAUGAUCAAAUCAGGGUAUGAACUGGAUCGAUUUACAUAUCAUCUGCUGGUGAAAAUGUUAUGCAGGGAUGAAAGGGUGGAUCUUGCUACGAAGAUGAUCAAGGAGAUGAGAGGUAGGGGAAUCGAUUUGGACCUGGCUACGAGCACCAUGCUCAUCCAUUUACUAUGGAAGUUGCAGAGGUACGACGAGGCUGUGUUUGAGUUUGUGGACAUGCUCCGUAGGGGCAUUGUUCCUCAACAUCUGACAUAUCAGAGAAUGACCGAGGAUUUGGAGAGGCGGGGCAUGUUUAAAACCACGCAUAAACUGCAUGAUCUGAUGGCGUCUGUUCCUCGCUCGACAAAAGUGCCUAACACGUACAAGGGGUCACAGGAAUGGAAAAUGUCCAUCAUAAAGAGAGCUGAGUCCAUGUCUCAGAUCUUGAAGACGCGUAAAACCCCCAGCGAGUUGGGAAGAACAGGUAUCAGCCGGAGAGCUCUGUGCUGAGCGCGCAGAGGUUAACCGACCAUAUUCAGAGGAAAGCCAGCUUCAAGGAGACCAACAUUAUUCACCACACUCCCAAUUCUAAUAAUUUAUAAAAUAUCGCUACAUUAUUGAGUGUGUAUAUAUUUGAUAGAUAUGCAGUGGAUGUUAUUUUAUCUUAUGAUUGCUCUUGAGGUGUUUGUAUUAGGAUGGAAGAAUUCUUGGUGAAAUUUGGAAAUUAUCAUACUUAAUGAUGAUUGUGAUGAAUUAUUUGAUGUGUA